AAUUUUUAUUUUUUUUAGGUCAUAUAAAGAUGACGCGAUCCCGCAACCGGCCCAGGGCAUUAUGCUUGGUUCUGAGGCUGUGAACAUCGACAGAUUUUUUAAACACACAAUUGCUUUGUUUGCUCUCGUUGCGCAGUGAAACCAGAAAACGACAAAAACAGCAGAGACAGAGCGCCUGACUUGAUCUAGACCCCGCAACCCUGCACAAGCGCAGAAACAAGCUCUUGUCACGCGCAGUUCCAGUUAGAUCUUACUGUAUUCACUGGAUUACCAAAGAAGUUUCUCGUCUUCUCAAUUGGACAAGCGAGUAACGUCACCUUACAGCCGAGGAAUUGCAACAAAAAACGCCCUGCUUAGUCUACUUGGCGCUAGCUGGUAGAUACUUUUUUUUUGGCAGUUGAGCCACUGCGGCAGUAGUCAUAAAGCUACAGAGGUAUAUUACGCAGUACCUACGACAAGUCGCACCCCACACUCCGACCAGUCACCAGACCAAAAUCGAAGCCUGCAAGUUUCCGCGCGACCUCCGAACUGCGAGCGAGUAUUUUGGCCAGGGCGAAUUUGCGUGGUAAAAACAAACAAAGCCGUCUGUUUUCUUACCCAAAACGGAAUUCCCCGGUCUUGUCACCCUGCACUGGCUUAUACCUUAAAGGCGUGCGCCUCCCAUGGCCUGUUCUUGACAAUCAAGUUCCCUUUCCCCAAGAAAAGUCAAAGCCUCUUUUAAAAACUUUGGGGAAGGUACAUCACCAAUCACCAACCAACCAAUUGAUUCACAUCAAGCACCUGCAAGCCAUUUGAGGUGCCUGCAUUAUAUCGUCAAUACCUUGGACGUAACCGCCAGGAACCCAAUUCGCAAGUGAGCCGGCCACCAACCGCAACCACCUACCUACAUACUACGUCGUGGGUGCCUGCCGAUUAGAUACUCCGCCGUUGCGAACAAACCCACGUACGGCUAGCCAAGGGCCCGAGUUCCAGGGAAAGUUGCCACAAUGCCUCACCGCGUCGCAAACUUCCUGCGCACCUCGACGCAUACCCUCGAGACCCAACUCGCCGCUGGAUUCAAGCGCCAAAAAUCUCCCCCGCAAACUCCAAGGCAUUCCAGGAGCGCAUCCCCUUCUUACGCAUCAUCUAUCAACGAGGAGGCAGAAGAGUCGGGCGUCAUGACUCCAGAGAGACAUGAGUCGUCUUCUGAGGGACACCAUCACCACAGGCUAUCCCUCAAUGGUCUUGGUCAGCUCAUCCGUGGGACCAAGGACCUGCACAUCCACCAGCACUCCAACCAAGCUGCUACUCUGAACCUCAAAGUCGAAUCGCCACCCCUCGUCCUCUAUGGAGAUGCAUCAACCAGCACCGGUGCCUUGUUUUCGGGCUCGAUGCAUAUGGAACUAAAGGAGGAUGUGCCCAUUGAGUCCUUCACUGGCACCCUCAGGAUACAUGUCACCCAAAAGCGCCCCUUUACUGCGCACUGCCACGACUGCGCACAUCAGUACACGGAGCUUCAGAGCUGGUCUUUUCUCAAGGCACCGCUGGUUUUGACAAAGGGAUCACACUAUUUCCCUUUCUCCUUCCUGCUUGGCGGUCACCUUCCCGCUACUAUGGACGGACCGUUGGUAAACAUUGCGUACGAAUUCCACGCCGAAGCGACCCCUGCACAAGGCCAUGGCCCCAGCAUCAAGUUUGAUAAGAAUAUCGAGGUCAAACGUUCCCAGCCCGAAGCAGAGGUCCCGCACCACUCGAUACGCGUAUUCCCUCCUAUUGACGUCAAAUCGAGCGCGCACUAUCCCCAAGUGAUCCACCCCCUGGGUGUGAACACGCUCUCUCUCCGUCUGGACGGCAUCGCCAAGUCCAACCCAACUUGCGGGACCGUCGAGUUCUGGAAGCUUAAAAAGUUAUCGUGGAAGCUUGAGGAAAAGUCUAAAGUCAUUGCGCCCGCCUGCGAGAAGCAUGCGCCAAAGGAUGAGACGACCUCGGACGAUGCCAGCCCUGCCAAGAAGGGUCUGGAGAGGACGGAUAGCAGGAUAAUCGGCGAGCAGACCUACUUCAAGGGCUGGAAGAGCAAUUACUCGUCUGCCGAUGACGCCACUGUCGAGAUGGAGUUCGACUGGGGCCUGAGCAAGAAGCUCGAAUCGGAUUUGGCCAAGUCAAAAAAGCACAGACGAUACGUAUGCGACACCAAGUGCGCAGACGGUACUGAGGUCACGCAUCAGCUUGAGAUUGAGAUGGUGGUGUCUCAAGAGUACGCCCCAGCAAAGAAGCUAGACAUGGUGACACAGACAGGAGUUGGCCGUAUAAUGCGCAUGCACUUCAAUGUCAUCCUAACCGAGCCGUCCGGCUUGGGAAUUAGCUGGGACAAUGAAGCUCCGCCCAUAUACUCGAUGGUCCCCGCGUCCCCUCCUGCGUACUGUGGCUCAGAAGGAUCAACCGACGAUUUGGACCUCAGCAACAUCGAAACCCUGCUGGGGGGAUCGUCUCCAACAUCUCCCAUUCUUCGUUCGCCGCCAACCAGUUAUGCGGAGGCUUCGGGGUCAGUCUAAACAUCUCGACUCGACGAUUCCGAAAUGAAACAAACCAAAACAAAGCACGAGCAUAUCGUUAAUCUGUAUUCGCGAUGAUCUUGCACCCCGGCACUACCGUUCAUAAUGUUAAAAAUCACUAUUACAACGAACAUCCAGCCGGGGACGCUAGCUUCGCAUUUUUCUCACUUUGCUUAGCCUUGUUUUAUCCGCAUUAUACCCAAGCAGAAUUAUGUUUUCCUUUUUCUUUGUUCUAUUUUUGUGCGGCAAACCCGCAGCAUCAUUGGGAAACCAGACUGGCAGGGAUUCGCCAGUCUUGGAGGCGUUCAGGUAGUGCAUAUUGGGAUACUGGGAAUCAAAAAGGGGGUAUUGGCUUACUUGAGCGAGAAGGCUAGUCGCUCACGGUGAUGCAUAUUUUGAAAAUAUUAAAACAAAGGUGGAGAAGGAGUUCAGAUUAUACCACUCACAGAACAGUCAUGGACUGGUUAUCUUGUUCAGCGAAUUCACUUGUCAGUCAAUGCAUAAAAAGUAACUUCCUUUGUCUAUGUAUGGGCAAAGUCUCACGUCUUCAUGAUUGUCAUGUACCGCCAGCAUCUACAAGCCCAAAAAGGUGUAGAG